GGGGCGCUCAGGGCGGAGGGAAUCGCGGGGCUGGCGGCUGGGGUGCGGCCACUCGGCGGAGCUGAGCGGAGGGUAGCGGUUGGCAGCGGACGCGGCUAUGGCGGACAAGCAGGGAGCGAGAAUCGACCGCAGCCGGCGGGUCCCGGACACCUUCAGCGAAGAGACCAACACUGGCCUUGGUGUGUGUGGAUGGCUGCUAGUGAUCGUCUCAUUCUUCUUUGUCGUUAUUACCUUUCCAAUCUCAAUCUGGCUGUGCAUAAAGAUCAUAAAGGAAUAUGAGCGAGCCAUCAUCUUUAGACUUGGACGCAUUGGAAGGGGUGGAGCAAAAGGACCAGGUCUAUUCUUCAUCCUGCCCUGCACAGACAGCUUCAUCAAGGUGGAUAUGAGGACAAUCUCAUUUGAUAUACCUCCCCAGGAGAUCCUUACCAAGGACUCUGUGACAGUUAACGUGGAUGGAGUGGUUUAUUACAAAGUCCAGAAUGCCACCCUUGCUGUUGCAAAUAUCACAAAUGCUGACUCGGCCACCCGGCUCCUGGCACAAACCACCCUGAGGAAUGUUUUGGGGACCAAGAACCUCUCUCAGAUCCUGUCUGAUCGAGAAGAAAUUGCACACAGCAUGCAGGUCACACUCGAUGAGGCAACAGAUGAAUGGGGAAUUAAGGUGGAACGCGUGGAGAUUAAGGAUGUAAAGUUGCCAGUCCAGCUACAGAGAGCAAUGGCUGCUGAAGCAGAAGCUGCCCGGGAGGCAAGAGCCAAGGUAAUUGCGGCUGAGGGUGAAAUGAACGCCUCCAGGGCCCUGAAAGAAGCCUCUAUAGUUAUUUCAGAGUCCCCUGCUGCCCUUCAGCUUCGCUACCUGCAGACUCUGACCACCAUCGCUGCGGAGAAGAACUCCACCAUUGUCUUCCCCCUGCCCAUAGACCUGCUGCAGGGCAUCCUGGGUGCAAAACGCUAAACUUGUUGGGAUGUAGUGGGAAAGGGAUCUUCCCCAGCAGGUCUGGUCUGUGAAACCAAAUUAGCUGCUAAAGCUUAAAGCAAUGUUAGCAGAGGGGAUCUUUAAAGGGGCCUUUUUUGUGUGAUACUUGUGUAUGUGAGUGUGAGUGAUCAAAAUCUUCUGCAAUUUAUAUAAACAAACUCUGCUCUUAAUUUAAAUAUAGAUGCUUGUUUUAAUGUUCCUGUGGGUCACAAGCUUUUGUAAUCUACACACACAUCCCAUUUGCAAAUGGGAUGACCACUUUGUGUGAAGAGCUCACUUCUGGAAGGGCUGUGAGGUGAUCACACACCAGAGAAGUGAUUACCUCACAUCAGCCACACACACUCUCUGUGGUGGUGUUCCCCUUAGAGAAAAGGGUCCCUGGCGCUGGGUGUGGAGGGAAUGUAAGCUGGAAUCUCUUGGUAGCCACACAGACUGUUCCUUCAGUUCUGCCCAGUUGCUAAAGUAAAACAAUGUGUAUACUCGAUCUCUCUGAAAACCAGGUCAGUGGCGUCUUAAAAUGCAAUUUUCCCUCUUGCAAGAUGUAGCAGUUUGCCAGCACUGCUGAAAUUAAAUUUUCCACCCCUGCCUUGCUGUAACAGCGGAAAUGGUAUGCGCACACUGUAGUUAUGGAUACAAUGUUUGUAUACGCUAUCCAGUUGUCAUGGUUUGUGUGUCUGUCUGUAUUGAUUAAUGCCUUUUUUAAAGCAUUUAAAAUGUCUCUGGAUCUGCCUUUAUUUGUGCAUCUACUUUUUAAAGGAAUGUUCUUUUUAAAAAAAAAUUCUGUUUUGUUUGUAAAUAAGUAGCCUUUUUUGUCUUGAUUUUAAAUACGCUUGUAAACAAUUUGAAGUGUCGUAUGUUAGUCCCAAGACUUGCAUCUCUUGCAAACAAGGUAAUUUUAAAGUCUUGUACUUCCUUUUUAAUAAAAGAUCUAUACACAGCUUUUCUGUCUGUUAGAGGAAA